UGCUCGGAACGUUGCCCCCCUCCCCUCAGUGCGCAGGCGCGGCUGCUACUGUUUCUCUGAGGAGAAUAAGCCCGCUGCCGCCAUUUUGGCCGCUCGUCUUACUUCGCUUCUUUUCCCUUUUCCGUCUCCGGGAAGCGAGCCACGCCGAUGCACGCGGGGGUGAAGGUCUUCGUGGGCAACGUGCCUGAGGAGACGUCCCAGGUGGAGUUGCGCGACCUCUUCCAGGCCGUCGAGCCCGGCGCGGUGCUGAAAGUGGCCCUCAUGAAGCAGUUCGCCUUCGUGCACCUGCGCGACGAGGCCGCCGCCGACCGGGCCAUCGCCAAGCUCAACGGGCAGCUCGUCCACGGGCACCGCGUCGUCGUCGAGCACUCCCGCCCCCGCCCCACGCACACCGUCAAGAUCUUCGUCGGAAACGUCUCCGCCACCUGCACCAGCGGCGAGCUCCGCGCCCUCUUCCAGGAGUUCGGGCCCGUCGUCGAGUGCGACACCGUUAAAGACUAUGCGUUCGUUCACAUGGAGAAGGACGAGGACGCUGCGGCUGCCAUUGAACAUCUUAAUGGAAGGGAAGUCAAAGGAAGACGAAUUAAUGUCGAACUCUCAAAUAAAGCUCAUAAAAGGGGCCCAGCUGGAGUCGGGGGCCAGCUGGGUCUCGGAGGCGAAAAGCACAAAAUACCAACGAUAGAGAAACUCCAAGUCCGGAAUGAUGGCGUGAGGCCUGGCAAUCUUGCUUUCCCAAUGGCAGCAUCAUCUUAUUCCCCACUUGAAUUGGAUUAUCAGCAGCAGCAGCGCCUGGGAAACAGUGGGUUAACUAAAUUUGACUCCGAAGACAGUCAGGCUGCUUCCUAUUUUGGAAGGGAUAGGAGCCCCAUUCGGCGCUCACCCACCAGAGCAGGCUAUGUGGUCCCCCUGACAGCGCAGCCAGCAGCCUACAGAGACCAGCCUUCUGCCUCCCUGGGAACGGCCUACAGGCCCCAGCCUACCACUGGGCAGGCAGCGAUGUACAGAGCCCAGCUCUCGGCCCUGCAAGGCAGUGCAUAUAAGACCCAGUCCUCUGUUCCUCUGGGAACUUCAGGUGCCCAGCCGGCAGCCUCGGCCCUCACUGCCUACAGUGCCCAGGCAGCCGCCUACAAUGCCCAGGCAGCCGCUUCCCAAGUGGCUUCUUAUGAGGCGCAGGCUGCCACAUCAUACGCAGCUGCUUAUGGAGCACAGGCUGCUGCAACGUAUGCAGCUUCCUAUGGGGCCCAAGCUGCUGCAUUUCCUGCAUCCUAUGGGGCUCAGCCAGCAGCCAACCAGGCAGCCUUGUACAGUGCCCAGUCAGCUUCAUAUGGCGUUCAGCCCGCAGUUGGCCAUGCCACUGCUUCCUAUGGGGCCCAGGCCGCCUCUGCUCUAUCUGCUGCAUAUGGGGCCCAGUCUGCUGCGAGUCUGGCGGCUGCUUAUGGUAUGCAGGAUGCAGCUGCUGCUUCCUAUAAGACCCAGCUGUCUGCCUCGGUGCCGGCUGCCUACAGAACAACAGUCGAGGCCACCUACACAGUGCAGCAGUCCGCUUCUGUUCCCUUGGCAGCAGGUUAUAAAUCCCAGUCAGCAUACAAUGGGCUAGCUCAGCCGGCGCAGCAGGUGGUGCCCUAUUCAGCAAUGCUGCCGUCUGAAGCCUCUGCCCUCCAUCCGUUGUAUGAACGCACACGCCUGUCCCCACCACGUGGGAGUCGUGAAGAUCUCUACCGGAAGGCAGCUGCGAUGAAUAAGAGGUACAGUACUGAACUCUCAGAUGACCGCCGUUUAGCUGAACUAUCUGAUUUCCGCCAUUUAGCAGACUCCCCCCAUGCGUACCGCCACUCGCCGACAAAAGCUCAACUGGAUUAUCGCCGCCUCCCAGAAAUGCAAUCCGAUUAUGCCCGUUACGCGGGGGCCUAUGGCGAUUAUUUGCGCAGCGCACAGCUGCAGAUGCAUGCUAGUUAUCAGCGCCGCUUGUAGAGGAUUUUCCCUCGUCUCCUGGGGUGGGACCCGCGUCAUUCCCUUGGCACCUGUCGUCUAACACCAUUUGCCUAACCCCAGCGACUGCGUCUGCAAGGAGAGGUCCUUGCCGUUUGAUUUCAGGACACCCUUUCAGUCACUACAUUUCUUUGUCCCGGGCCCCUACCGCAGCUGGCCAUUAUAACCCGUGUAUUAUUAUUAUUGUUAUUAUUUGUUCUUACUGUCUUUUACUCUACCAAGGAAAGGGUAUGUCAUUUACUUUAGUGAGCCAUAUGCAACCCUCCCGGACAGCGUCCUAGGAAAGCCCGUGUAAGUUUCUAUCUUUAAUUUCACUUCAGGCUCUGUGCUUGGCCUCAGGAGCGCACUGUACAUUGCUGCACAUUCAGCCUUUUUAAAAACCAAAGUCCCAAUGUGAGGGUGGCCAUAGGGAGAACAAUAUUUUCCCCAGUUUCUUUGGUCUUGUCUAUUCCUUUAUUGAAAUCUUCAUUUUUGUGGAAUUGGAAGGGGUUAAUUUUCGCCUCCUUUCCAAAUCAGUUCAGUUGCUUUUAUGUAAUCUCGCCCUUCAUUGAUUUAUACCAGUAUAGAGUGUGUAAGGAAGCCUACUGCUAGAGGUAAAGUUUAGGUUUCCUUUUUUGUAUUAAUUGUAAAUAAAACAGCUGAUUGGAAUUUUAGAAAAAUUAGUGGUCUGGUGGUUUUGGUAGCGAUGGUGGUGGUGUGUGUUAUUGCUCCUUUUGUUUUUGUUUGUUUAUAAGCCACGUUUUUCCCAAUCUUCCGUUCUUCCAGGCAUUUUUGUUUUGCUGCUCUCGUCAUCCCUUAUUGUUGGCUGCUAGAAGUUGCUCCUGGACAUCUGAAAGAGCUUAGUUUGGCAGAGGAUGGUUUAAUCAAUUAAAUUCAGAACCAUCGCUGAAGUAGACUCAAAAUGGUUGGUGGACAUACUCUCCAGUAUCAAUGAGUGCAGGCUACCGUUGUCUGUGAAAUUUGUUUUCAGCUAUAUUCAGUUUUCCAUUUUUCACAGGGGCCUCAAGCCCCUAACCUCUGCAAAUGGAGGGCUGACAUUUGCCAAAGAUACCUCAGCAUCAAGGCUGUACCCUUGGCUCUUGUUGUGUUCCCAUCCUUUGACAACAUUCAUGAUAUUUCCUUUGUAUCCCACUUUUCCUCCAAGGAUUUCACUGCGACGUACAAAAUGGGUUGAGAGUGUGGAGGGAGCAUUUAAACCAAGGUUCCGUUCAGAGCAGGCCAGAUACGUGUACCCUGUAACCGUCAGAACCCUUAGGGCACAAAAUAGGUUGGGGCUGUGUAACCGUGGCAGCGUAAGUCUUAAAAACUGUAUUCUUCAACUCGGAAUAUCGAAUGGGUCAGAUGUGGAGAGGUGAACCAGUGCGGACUCUCAAGUAAGAGAUUGACUCCCAGGAGGAGGAGUUACAGCAUGUUUGCCUUCUUUCCUGAAGUAAUACAAAUAUAUUGUGUACAUACAAACACACACACUCUCUUUCUAUCUUGGGAUAGUGUGGGUGUGUAUAUCAUCAUGCCCCCCCCAACACACAUGUGUGCGCGCGCACACACACACAUAUAUAUAAUAUUUUAUAUAUCCUAAGGUAAUGUGCGUGUAUAUAUAUAAUGUGUAUGCAUAUUUACAUAUACAGUAGAGUCUCACUUAUCCAAGCCUCUGGAUAAUCCAAGCCAUUUUUGUAGUCAGUGUUUUCAAUAUAUCAUGAUAUUUUGGUGCUAAAUUCGUAAAUACAGUAAUUACAACAUAACAUUACUGCGUAUUGAACUACUUUUUCUGUCAAAUUUGUUGUAUAACAUGAAGUUUUGGUGCUUAAUUUGUAAAAUCAUAACCUAAUUUGAUGUUUAAUAUGCUUUUUCUUAAUCCCUUCUUAUUAUCAAAGAUAUUCGCUUAUCCAAGCUUCUGCCAGCCCGUUUAGCUUGGAUAAGUGAGACUCUACUGUAUGUGUAUGUAUGUUGGGGAGGAGGUGGCAUUAUUUAUUUUCAAAAUGUAUAUCCCACCCCCUCUCCCCAAAGGCAUCUGGGGAGGCUUACAGCAUGUAGACAAAUACAGUAGAGUUUCACUUAUCCAACACUCGCUUAUCCAACGUUCUGGAUUAUCCAACACAUUUUUGUAGUCGAUUUUUUUAAUACAUUGUGAUAUUUUGGUGCUAAAUUCGUAAAUACAGUAAUUACUACAUAGCAUUAUUUCGUAUUGAACUACUUUUUUUGUCAAAUUUGUUGUAUAACAUGAUGUUUUGGUGCUUAAUUUGUAAAAUCAUAACCUAAUUCGAUGUUUAAUAGGCGCUUCCUUAAUCCCUCCUUAUUAUCCAACAUAUUUGCUUAUCCAACGUUCUGCCGGCCCGUUUAUGUUGGAUAAGUGAGACUCUACUGUACAAUAAAUGAUAUAAAAACAAUAAUCAUAUCAACACAAUAAAAUAGCAUAAUAAUAUACACAUAAAUAAAUAGUAUAAAAGACUAGUUUCAUCCUCUACAACAUAUAUAUAAACACUGUUUAAAACCAGCCAAUUAAUAUGAUCAAGUAUCCAGCGUUAUAAAUUCUAGUUCUAAGGUAAAGGAUUAUCCCUGACAUUAAGUCUGGUCAUGUCCAACUCGGGGUUGGUACUCAUCUCCAUUUCUAAGCCGAAGAGCUUGCCUUGUACGUAGACACUUCCAAGGUUAUGUGGCCAACAUGACUACAUGGAGCGCCGUUACCUUCCCGCCGGAGUGAUACCUAUUGAUCUGCUCACAUUUGCAUGUUUUCGAACUGCUAGGUUGGCAGAAGCUGGGACUAACAGCAAGAGCUCGCCCUGCUCCCCAGAUUCGAACCGCCGACUUUUUGGUCAGCAAGUUCAGUAGUUCAGCAGUUUAACCCACUAUGCGCCUGGGGCUCCUAGUUCUAAAACCAUUUUAAAUCCUGUCCUGUCAGAUGGUUGAUAUAGAUGGGGAUAGCCAUUUUCCCUGGCACGGGAAAUAAAAUAGAGCUCUGCGGGACACCACAGGUCAAUGGCCAGGGGUCCGGGCAGGCAUUCUUCAAAGCCUCCAAGAACUGUCCACAGAGAGGCCUGACUGAUUGUGUUGUACAUUUUCUGGGCUGUAUGGUCAUGUUCCAGAAGCAUUCUCUGCUGACGUUUCAGCCACAUCUAUGGCAGGCAUGCUCAGAGGUUGUGGGGUAUAUUGGAAAACUAAGCAAGGGAGGUUUAUAUAUCUGUGGAAGAUCCAGGGUGGGAUUAAUAACAUUCACACUGGUGUUUU